GUAUUCGGUUCGGGUAUGUGCGAUAGAGAACCACAAGGUCUCUUACUUUGACAAAUAGCACAAUUGGCGCUGGUGCUCACAUGACAGAUGACUCUUCCUCGCAUUUGUGGCAAAAUAAAUUGAACAAUCCGGUGUAGGUAAAAGUGGUUCAAUGGAGGGCUCUUUACGAAUUGUAUUGUUCACAGUUCUAAGCGCGCUGUUCUUCAGCGCAUUCGGGGUUGAUGACGACGACUGUCCUUGCAUGGAACAGGAACUCUGUAAACAAAUUCAAAACGAGACUCAAUUUGAGGUGUUUGUGUUUGAUGUCGGUGGAAAGUCAUGGAAGUCUUACGACUGGACCAAAUUGACGACCAUCGCUGCCUUUGGACAGUAUGAUGCAGAACUAAUGUGUUUUGCCCAUUCCAAAGGAGUCCGGCUUGUUCUGAAAGGGGAUGUGUCAGUCUCAGCAAUGGUAGAUCCCACCAACAGGACUAUCUGGAUCAAGGAGAAAGUCAGCUUGGCAAAGAGACAGUUCAUGGAUGGCAUCAAUAUUGACAUAGAGCAGGCUGUAGAGGAGAACUCUCCAGAGUAUUUUGCUUUGACGGCAUUAGUCAAAGAGACCACAGAUGCUUUUCACAAAGAGAUUCAUGGUUCCCAGGUAUCUUUUGAUGUGGCGUGGUCUCCCAAAUGUAUAGACAAACGUUGCUAUGACUACUCUGCCAUUGCUGAUUCCUGUGAUCUGCUCUUUGUGAUGUCAUAUGAUGAGCAGAGUCAGAUAUGGGGAGAUUGCAUGGCCUUGGCUAACGCACCCUACACCCAGACACUGACAGCAUAUGAGCAGUACAUAAAGAUGAAGAUUGAUCCAAGGAAACUCGUGAUGGGGGUGCCUUGGUAUGGGUAUGAUUACCCUUGUCUAACCUUCUCACAGGGUGGAGCGUGUGAAAUCCAGAAGGUUCCGUUCCGUGGGGCCCCAUGCAGCGAUGCGGCUGGGCGUCAGAUUCCCUACAGCUUCAUGAUGAAGCAGAUCAACAGCUCCAUGUCUGGCAGGAUGUGGGACGUGGAGCAGCAGUCGCCUUACUACAACUACAAAGAUGCAGACGGCCAGAUCCACCAGGUGUGGUACGACGACCCAGAGAGCAUCUCCCUGAAGGCAGCCUACGUUAACAAGUUUGGCUUGAGAGGCAUCGGCAUGUGGAACGGCAACCUUCUGGACUACAGCAACAACCCUGUCGCCCAGCAACAGAGCAGAGACAUGUGGAAUGCUCUGGUAGCAACCAGGGAAACUGAAUGGGGGGAAGUCACCUUGGAGGUGAAAAGUAUGUCUUAGAGUCAACACGCUGUAUUGUCUCCAGAGGGGCAGUAGAGGCAGCUUCCUCUGGCAUUCAGGGGUACUUGUCCAUGCCAUCAGAUUUAACGGCAGCUUUAUUCAAUCAGUUUUACAUAAGAAUUAUUUGUUUUGUUCCCUCUUUGUAAUACACCUCAACACGUGCAAUA